AUGGACUCUUCACUCUCAACGAAAGCUAAUGCUUUCUCUAUUGCCUCUCUCAUAUCAUCUAGAGAUGGUAAGACUGACGAUGCCAACAUACUGAAAUUCAUUUAAGUAUUUUUGGUACAUUUAUCAACUGAGUCAUCCUUUAGGAAAUGUAGCAGCUAGAAUUGGGGGCGAAUUUGCGCAUUCAGUGAGCGGGAUUCAAAUCACCCGCAGUAACAAGGUGAUUUUUUCAGCAAUAGGUGACCACGUUGAAUUGUAUUUCUAAAUUUAGACCCAAGUCUAUCGCCGAAAUUCAGAGGAAGUGCUUCGGAUAGCGACUGUGUGGAACAACCACCAGCCAAGAAAAUGAAGUCUAUGUCAUCGACCGACGUUGCCACCGAUGACGAAGACAACGAAGUGCUCGAGAAGCCGCCUAAGGAUGAUUUAAGAAACAUCACAGUGGAACUAGAAGGGAAAGAGUUGUGGGAACGUUUCAGUGAAUUGGGGACUGAAAUGAUCAUUACCAAAGCGGGAAGGUGAAACAGUAGUUUACUUAUACUGGAAUGCUGCUGACACUCUAAGAGGAAAAAUCGUUGCAUUUAACACCGUGCCAUCAACUAAUAUCCAAGCGCUAACCACUCAUAAAACGGUCCCGGAAAUCAAAGUUGUUAAAAAGAUAAGAAACUGUUUUAUAAACAGUUUCUUUACUUAUGCAUAAACAGAAACAACAUUCGUGUAAAUUGGCUCAUUCGCGCAAAUAAGCUACAGAGCGGAAAAUUCUGAUUUGUCACCCGAUAACUGAUGGGCGAAGACGGAUUCUUGAUGAUUUCAUUUGCCAGAAGCACGAAAAUUUGCCCGCACGCAUAACUAGGAUAUUUUUAAGGUACGUUUUUCCCUAGAAGCAUUCUUAAUUUGACAGUUUCUUUUUCUAGACGUAUGUUUCCCACUCUGCGAAUUUCCGUGAAUGGUGUCGAUCCUAAAGCAAAUUACAUGGUCCUCAUGGAUAUAGUACCUGUUGACGACAAACGCUACAGAUACGCCUACCACCGUUCAACUUGGCUUGUAGCCGGUAAAGCCGAUCCGCCAGCCCCUGUGAGACUGUAUAUGCAUCCAGAUUCACCUUUUACCGGCGAGCAGCUUCUAAAGCAGAUUAUAUCAUUUGAGAAAGUCAAACUGACCAACAACGAAGCCGAUCGCAACGGCCAUGUAAGUUAGUGCUAAUAAUGCCACUUGUACUUUUCAGGAAAUCAUCAGAGUUUGGAUUCAGUUUUGCGCUCUCUCCCUCUGCCCCUCUCUAAGUUUUUCACCUUUAAUACCUUCGUGGAAAUCGCGUUUACUUUCCUGUUAAUAAUCGCAUUUACUUUCUCAGUAACUUCUCCUUAUUUUUGUCCUUUCCUUAUGGACUUCAAGCUUCUAUCGAAGGCCAAAACACUGUUUUGAUAACGUUUUGCUCGCCCCAUGGGGAGAACAGCUGAAAGCGUCAAUUGUCAUGCAACAUAGUAAGAACACUGCAAAUUCACGCAUUUGCUCAUCUCAGUUUUAUCCAGUUUUCCUUUAUAAGAUUUUGCAGCUAAGCAAAGGAGUUCUGAUAAGGCAUUUAUUUCAGAUCAUCCAACAAGUCGAGGCUUGGUGAAAAAGCCGAUAUGCAAGUAUACCGACUUCCUCUGCCGACAGUUGUACCAUACUUCCCGCUAGUAACUGUUUGCCUGACUUAGGUCCUUCGUUCUUUUGAGUUCUUCUUUCUUUGAUAUUCCAGCUUAUUCUAAACUCCAUGCACAAGUAUCAGCCUAGAGUGCACAUAAUUCGUAAACGUGACCACACAGCCUCUGUAAUUAAUCUCAAGUCAGAGGAGAUGAAAACGUUCACCUUUUCGGAAACGAAUUUCAUUGGAGUAACAGCAUACCAAAACCAAUUGGUAAGUUUCCUUUGUUUCUAAGUCUUAAGUCCUCUUCCUUUCAAAUAAGCCAUUUUUUCCUUCAACAUUAAACCUUACUUUACACCUACCGAUUUGUUUCCGCUCUUUUUUCGAAGCAAGUUAAACAGAUAACCUAACAUAAGUUACUUUUACAAGACGUUUAUACUCCAAGGUUUACCUUAAUUGAAUUAGAAUUUAAUUAGGACAAACACAUGCAAUUCUAGAGAUACGUUUUUCUUGCAGGUUAUGCUCCGAAACAAGCUAUAGAGGAAUCGUUGCUUUAAUUCAGAAAAACUAAAUCGCUUUUAUUGAACAAGAACGAUUGGUCUGAUUAUGUUGUUCUUGCAGUCGUACAUAAAAGGAGCAUUCAUGUAUUUAUUUUGCAGAAAACAAAUCGGACUAUAAUUUAAACUAGCCAACAGUGUUGGAUACUGAUCGGAUGUAGCUAUUAAAAAACUCAGAUGUUCUUCAGGCGGAUACGAAACGCGAUCUCAAUAUCCCUGAAAUCGUCCUUAGAGUGAGCCUCCAGGCUCCCUGACUCCCCUUUUAACAAUUGCUGCAGUUCUGUGUGUUUUCCGUUUUUGCAGAUCACACGAUUAAAAAUAGACAGCAAUCCAUUUGCGAAAGGUUUCCGGGACUCAUCACGUCUCAUUCCAGUAGAAAGGUGUGUACAUUUUGCUUAAUACUCGAGCCCGAGUUUCUACUUUGAAAGCAAAUUUGAAAUAGUAAGCUACCAAGCAUGUUAAGCCGGUAUUUUUAUAACAGGUAGACAAUUAACAGAGAAAGAGAAAAAAAAGAAGAAAAGAAAAGAAAAUGAAGAAAAAAGAAACGAGACAGUUACCCGAAUUCGUGCUUCUCUGAAGACUUCAGAGACGCCAAAUUCAUUUUAUGACUGGCUGAAUGUCUUGAUUAAAUCUGAUAAUGGCCAGUCAUUGUUUUUCCAUAUAUUUCGUAAAGGGUUUCUAAGAUCAAGGGAAAACUGUCCAAGGGAUCAAUGGAUACUCUUCAGUGUAAUAAUCAAGGCAUAACCGGCACGCCAAUUCCAUCAAAUCUAGUAUAAUCGUUAUUCUGCAAAAACUAGGUCACUUUCAAAGUCUUUUUUCUUUCAUUAAAAAAUUUCGUUAUCAGUAUUUUCGAAAACACAAACGAAGGAGGGAACCAACAAGCCUUUUAUGUUUUGAUGUUUCACUAAUUCACAAGGUUUCACUGGGUUUUGCCAAAAGAGGGAUGCACAUCGCCAUGCCUUUUUUGGUCCACUAAUUAGCAUCAGUUGUUCACCGGAUUUUUCUGGCGCUGGAAUUUUAAACUGAUGUAGUUAUAAUGCUGGGUUCAUUUUCCUUUAGGGAUUGUCUUCAAGACGGCCAUUCACAGACGAUAGUUCCCGAUCCAUUAUUUUCCUCUGUUCCUUUUCCACUUUUACCACAACUAGGCGUAAACAGCAGAUACCAUUUACCCAAGAUUGGCUGUAGACCUCAAGACAAAGCGCCUUUCUUUCAAUCAGGUAAGUAUCAAGUUUGGACACUUAAAAGUAUAGGAAGGUUGUCUGAUAUUUGCAAGUUCACUUGCUUAAACAACCCCUUUGUCUCUGGUCGAAAAGUGCAUUUUAUUGCUUUUUUUGUCGCCUUCGAGGAAUAAACUGAAAGAACCGUAUGGGUGGCGCCAAGCGUUAUCUUGUAGCAAAUAGAUGAUCUUUUCUUUCACCGCAAUCACUUUAUAUUAUGUCGGGUCUUCUAAGUCGGUCUACUCUUUAAGCCAUAAGCGAUGUGUGGUAGAACGAUUCAAUCAGUAAUCCAGCAAUUCCGUACCCUGUAUCACCUAUCUCGAUUUUCCAAGCUACUUACGCUGUAAAUAUCGACGAGUACCCGAAUUAUUCAGCGCCUGCCGAUCUCAAAGGACAUGUCCUCCUGUAUUUCCAUAUUGUUGUUGUUGUAGUUUUUGUUGUUUGUGGUAGUGGUGUUGGUGGUGCAUGACCGUAAACCUCUUGACAGUCUGUUUUUAACAUCAAAGUUUCUUUAACGAAGUGAUGGAAGAUACUCUAAUGGUGCUUGACUGUCAAAUGGAAUAGGUCAACUGAUUCUCGCGCUUCCAUUAAAUGGAGUUUACAAGAGUUACUUUUUUGAGAAAAUUAUCACAUGCGUGGAUUAAAUGAUGAUUUUUAAUGAUAAUAUUAAAUCCUUGAGCAUGGGAAUACUAAGAUAAGAAUUAUUAAAGGGACAGUGAUAUUUUUUUUCAAUUUCCCUUCAGGGUCAAAUUAAAUGAAAAAAAUCGUAGCGAAGGUGCUUGUUUUUUUAUAAUCAUGCCGUUUUCUGUCUUAAAAUUAUUCUGUUAAUAAAAACCAUCCUGAGAGAGUCAGAGCGACGCCUAGAGACGCGUCUUAAAUAAUCUAACAGUGGUUCUUAAAAUUCAGUUGGCCCUCAUGUACAUAUAUGUAACUGCUGAUGUAUAAGCAGUCCGCCUACAUGUACAGAAAAGAUUUGAACAAGAUCCUGAAUUGCUCGAGGUGAAUACUCAAACGUUUCACACCAUGAAAAAAUGCAGCCGAAGGAAUCAAAAACAGCUAAUAGAAGUCAGUCCACAUCUCAAGUGUACACUUGAUCGUCGAGGAUGACUGAUUGAACUGUUUUCGAUGAUCACUUUACUAGACAGUUCAGACGACUAAGCAGCAUACAACCGUCCUGAAAAGGUAGUCUCGUUUGAAUAGCAACUUUCAGAUCCGAGAGAUAAAGGCAUCUCCGUCUCUCCAUGAUUGGAUACUGACUUAAAACACCUACGAGGACGACGUCAGUGAAAAAGCAAUGAACUCUCCGCUUUCUUUUGCAGCUUGUUAAGAUUUAUUUAACUUUAAUUGGCAAUUUACUGGCGAAUAUUCCUGGAAGUUAAUCCAAGGGAUCGAAUUCAGAUAUAAAAACGAAAAUAUGUCUUUCCGUUUUUGCUAAUUCAGAGAAGCCUUGAAUAAGAAACGUGAACGUCGAAUUUGUGCAGAAGACAGCAAAGAAGUGAACCGGAAAGUGCGUGUGAUGCACGUCGGUGCAGCCGAUUUGUUGUUUUGCUCACUAAAUUGUAGUUUUUCUUGACUCUAGAGACAAACCAACGACUAUUUAAACGCAAAACGAAACAAGUGUGCAAUCUACUGUCCGGCGCUGGGGAAAAAUCGCUUUCACUGAGCGGAAAAGUGUUCUCUACCUCUUCAUUUAUCGUUUUUAUCAAAGUUUUUCACUCCGCAAAACCCCUUGCUUAUAGAAUCCGUAUUUUCAUCAUUAUUGGCGUCAAAUGUAGGCUUAAAGGGUCUCUGUCACGAUACUUUUCAAAAUUCAUACAGUUACAAAACUGACUGGAACAUAGACUGAAUAACUGCUCAAAACUUAAGAAAAGAAGAUGAAAAUAACACAGCAAAUACGAAAGUAGGCACCGAUGGAUAAACUUGAGGAGGAUUGAAACGGAUUGCAAUUGUGGUGUUUAAAACUUGUUGGCCUAACAGAUUUUCAAAAUUCAUUUUUGUUGUUUGUAACGUUUGAUACAUUCUUGGGAGACAUUGUUGGACACGAAGCUCUAAUAUCGUCAUUCAUAGUUAGUUUCUCAAGUUCAAUAGCGAAUAAAGAUGCGUAAAUGGAAAUAUUUAACAAAUAAACUAGGAGAACCAGAUAACUCAACUCCGUCACAGGUGGUCAAGAAAUCAAAGUUCCCUUAUAUGGUAAAAGGAGUAGGUUUUAAGCCGUUGUUUUUAGUCGCUUUUUCUCGUGGUCAGUACUACCAUAUUUGUCAGCGGGGGCAUUGUAAUUCAAAGACAAAUUAUCAACGUAAAGGAGAACCGAUACAAAAACCUAAUGAGGUUGUCUGGCACAAAACCAGUCAGCCCCUUUUUCUCGGUUUCUUUCUUAAGGCCUAAUUGUCUUAACCUGUGAGGGCACACAAACUUAGUGGUUUCCUCUACUUGUUUGCUAUACGUUUAGCAAACUGAUAUUUUGUUUUUAUUUUUGCCCAGGUUGUCUUCCGCCUCCGUCACCCACAAUUCCAAGAUUGCCUUUCACAGGAGUCCUAAGUGCCUAUCGCCACCAACAGCAUCUGCCCAACGUGCUUUCACCAACGUUUGCUUCGCCGAAACCCGUGGGCACGCUAGAAACCCCGCAUUUCCCGCCCUAUAGCGUCCACGGAGAAUACCCUAAUCCCACAUUACCGUUCUUUUAGGAGGUUUAGUCGCACAUUUUUUUACACACUUUGAACACUUUUUUUGUAUAUAAGCUGAGCUGUUUGUUCAGACUCUCGUUGGGUAGUCAUGUCAAUCAUGUUGACGACUACUGUGGGGUUGCAUGCAAGUUUCAAAAAUCGGUGAACUUCCUCAUAAUCAUGGACUUUCCUCUGUAUGUAAAUUUGACAUCAGUUAAAAUGUUUUGUAUUCUCAAUGAGUCACUUCUUAAAACUUAUUGUACGUGGAGCUGUUUCAUUAGCUCGUGCUGCUACUGAAGAAUUUUACUAUCUUAUGGGUAAAGCAGUAGGUCUUAUAGACCACUUCUAUCAAAGGACAUUCUCAAAAGAGCUUUUAAAAUUCUAUUAGAAUGUUACAAAGUCCAUUUUUGCUCGUUUUUAAUGACUAGAAUUUUUAUUGCGACGUAUUUAAGCUUAGCUAAACAUUUUUAAAAGGUAGUACAUGUCCUGAAUAGUUCUAGAAAAACUUGAGUUUUUGAUCUGUGUAUAAUAAUGGAUUGAUAAGUUAAUAUUUUAUUAAGUAUUUAUUGCUUUUGAUUGUUUGUAACUAGCAGAAUAAAACGAAACUAAGGAAGAACAGAACAAUUGUUGUAAAUAAAGAGCAAUGAAUAAAGAUAGUGGUUAGUAAAGAAUUAAACUAAUGGAAUGUGAACUUUUGGCUAAUUACAACUUAGAAUGAGCGUUCACGUAAAAACAUCUAGGAACGAACAACAAUAACCUUUACUAGCGUGACUAUGAUUAUUUACACUAUUGCAAAAGGUACGUAGAAUGCAAACGAAAAGAAAUAGAAAUAACGAUAAUUAUGAUAUUAACAGAUCAUCAAGUGACAUUAUUCUUACAUGAGCGAACCAGUCUAGAUUUGGGCUCUUAUUCUUGGGUUAAAAGGAGAUUAAAGAAACAUUGAUUGCUCCAGAAAAAACGACCUAAAUAAGCUCGGGCUGGCUAAAAAACAACAAAAACAACAUGAAAGAAACACAAAUGCGUUUAUUUAUUUAUUUGUUUAUGUAUUUAUUACGUCUGGGAAGGGUGUUCACUUUGAGCCAAACAGAAAUAUCUGUCUUUUAUUUCUGGCUUAUUGCGCAUGUUAGAUGCCCGACCAGGAUUUUGUGUCAAGGUCAAACCUUAAAUGGUCUUCCACUAGAACAAAAGAAAGGGUACUGUCAGCACCUUUCAACCAGCGAAAUUUUAUAUCGGCGUCGUGUAGAAUUUACAGUCAUGAAAUAUUCCCUACGUUCAUCUCUGCAGUAAAGAGACAAUCCAUGGCGGCAACCCGUUACCCACGCUCUCUUAACGCCCUGACAGAUAAUCCCUUUAAUUAAUCUGGUAAAAUGAUCUUAACAUAAGCUGUGAACAGAAGCCAAGAGAUAGACCGAUAACCCCAUGUCAUUUGCAUGGCAGCAAUUGAUGAUGUUGCCGAAGGAUUGAAACGGCUGAGAUGUACUGAUAAGAAGGCAUAUCAAGACCGGCUUAUAUAUUAUGAACAGAUGGUCAGGUGUGAGGUUUCCUCGCCUGGUCUUUGGUUAUAGUAAAAAAAAAAAAAAAGAAAGAAAGAAAGUACACAUCAUCGUCAGUUCUUUACUUUCAUCUUUUUAUAUGCCUUUCCUAACAUUUUUUUCCUAAUUAACCAUGGCCUUUCUAAAUCAUUCUAAGCGUAGAAUUGGAAUGUUUCUUUUUGUGGAGACGACUAUCUCAAUUUGGGGUACAUUAAAUACUACUGAUUUACUUAGAUAUUUAUUUAUUUGUUUAUUUAUACAUUCAUUUAUCCAUGUGUUAUUUCAUUUAUAACAUUAAUUUCUAUCCUUUUCAUUUGUAUAUAUUUUAUUUAUUUAUUUUAUUUCAGAUUUGUUUAUUUCAUGUCAUUUAUAAUUGCCAAGAAAAAAGUAACAGCUGAUGGUAGUUUUCACAAAGCAAAUACACGUACUUUUGAAAUAUUCGCUCAAAAUAUCUACCAAGUCCUCAUAACACAAAAAGAAACUACAAACCUAUUAUUGUCAAUACACCAAUGUUAGUUAUUAAGGUCAUCCCCAUUUAUUUAUUGAGUUUUUGUUUUGUGAAGUUUGUUUGUUUACUUGUUUGUUUGCUUGUUUUUCCAACUAAAUUUCUUCGAUCCCGACUUUGCAACUGAGAGGAGUAAAAUACAGAAAACCUACUACCAAACGUCGUAGCAUGGCCGGUAACUUACGCAUGCCCACAGCCAUAUCAUCUGGGCUCGGACAGUAGCAGCUACACAACACAACAUAUAUGAGUAAAGUAUCCCAAUUGAUGCACACAGGGACCCCUUUGGGAUUGGCACUAUAAGUGUCAGUGCGACAGAGUCAAAUAUUAAGUGUCCUCGUUUGUGAGGUGUUUUUUUUGUUGUUGUUCCAGAGAGUCAAAGAAAAUAACUGAAAACCGACAAAGAUCAGCCCUAUUAGCCCGUUAUAGGGAGGUUUGUGCCUUAAAGAGCAAACAAAAUGACCACAAAACGGCAAGGACCAACCUCAGGUGUCCGUUUUUGGGACUGGUCACUUUUUUAUAGACACGCCUGUUGAGUCGAAUAUACCGUCAAUUUUAAUGUCUUCCGCUCUGUGCAAAGUUGUGCUUUCAAAAUGGUUAAGUCCACAGAAGCUUGCGGAAAUCAACUUUAGGUCUACUGGAUCUUAAAUUGGUGUUAGUAGUACUGGUCUUCUAAAUUUUCCAUGUAGUAUCGUGCAGGUGGACGAUUAAACCAGUUAAGAAUAUUUUGUUUUCUCUUCUUACGUUCUUCUUGUCUCACUCGUGACAACUGGUUUGAUAACUAUCGUAAACGUAUUCGGUUAAACCUUUAGAGUGAUCACCAUGAAAUUUCUCCUUGUAAUAAUGAUGCUUUGUAAGGCAGAGUGGUUAUGAGAAUUGAGGAAAUGAUUACAGGCGACGAAUCUAAAUGAUACUUAAACAACUUCUCGACCUUCUCCCCACAACUUCUAUAGUAAAUGUAUUGAAACAAAACAUGAUAAUUUAUUAAUUUAGAUAUUAGGGACCCUGGCCUGAGUUUAGUUGAUAAACCAUUUAGAGCGAUAACAAAACCUUGCCGGUCCAUUUUUUUUUUUUUUUUUUUUUUUUUUUUUGGGUUUUUUUUUUUUUUUAAAAAAAUUUUUUUUUUACUUUUUAUUUGGGCGUUGGGGAAAACUUGUUAUAAAAAGAAACGCAUUUUUCACGUGGUCGCCUAUUUAUCUUUAUUUUUUUUCAAAAUUUUUCCCUAAAAGCGCCCUUUUUCGUGUUUAUGAAUUUUUAUUGAAAGGUAAAAUAAAGAUAAAAAAAAAAUAAUAAAUAAAAAAAUAAAGACAAAUGACUCAUUUUUUUUUUUUACCCUCUUUUUACUUAUAACAAAAAUUUUUGGAUAUUUUUUUUUUUUUUUUUUUUUUUUUUUUUUGGAGUUUGCUCAUUUGAUAUAAAACAUCUCGUGUUAACUUGGAAUUCGAGACGUGAGGAAAACUUGCUAAUAAGAUAAGCCGAUUUCUCAAGUGGUCGCCAAUCUAUAAUUAUCUUCUUAACAGCGUUACCUCGAAAACGAACCUUUUUCGGUUGAGGAAAACAAAUUUUCUGCAGUACGGGGUUGGGAAGAACUUGAGUGUAGCAAGAUUCGUUUCGCAAACUUUAUUGCCGAAAUUUGUUCAUGGUUGACUCCCAGAGAAUGGUGCUUUAAAAGUGUAGCUCCUAAUUACUUUGUUUAUAAUACAUUCUUAAUAACACAUAUUCAAUUCAAAAAGGACAGACGGCAAAUUGUUGUUGCUCGAAACACAUGUAUCUAUAAGUCGUAACUGUGCAUCAGUAUAUGGUUUCGGGUCCAUUGAAUCGUGUUCCGCUUGUAGAACAUUUGAGGAGGGACCAGCCACAAUAUGAGCACAGUUACAGACAAGAUAUAUGGGUAGGAUAAACAGCCCAAAGAAACUGUAAUGUAACACUGGAGGAUUCACAAACGUUUUGUUAAUCUCAAUUGUUGAUGACUAAAAGUUGUACUGGAGGAAGAAUAGAACUCCCGCCCUCUAUUGACCGUUUUUUUUUUCUUUCUGUGCCGGCCCAAAAUUAAAGUAAAGUAUCUGGAGAAUCGUGAAAUAUUGCCUCAGGAAAGUAUUUCAAAAAUGUCGCCACCCAACCUCUUAUCAACCAAACUUUGAUAAAGUUAUUUCAUUUAAAUGGAUUGUUCUGGGAUUAACACAUUUUAAUCCCAAAAGCUGUUUCUUUUCUGUGAAAAAUACCCUCAUUGCUGUUUAUUACGGUCGGUUACUGUAAAUUCUGAACCUUUCAACAGCGUUCCACAGCAGUUUGUGACCAGCAGAAAUUAUCCUGAUCGUUUGAAAACUGUUAAUUAUCAAUAUUGACGUGGUGAUUCCAUAAUAGUAGAGAACGAUAACAUUCUUAAUUUGUAUAAUGUUUAUUUAUUAUUUUUUAUCAUUCUUAUGUGACUAGUAAAUUGCAUGUACAAAACCAUUAUCGUUUGAAAAGCAAAUGUGUGGUUGCGUGUAUACCUUUUUCUUCUUUCAUUCCUUCUUAGAGGGUUGUGAAACAUCGGGCUGGGGCACCUUAAAAGGUAUUAAAAAAGUCUAUUGUGUCUUUUUUCUGAACUCAGUGACAUGGCAUUUGAUUCAAAUGUGAAUCGGAAAUACUAUUGCAAUUUAUCAGUUUGUCGAUUAUCUCUAACUCCAGAUGUCGGUAAACAAACUAGGUAUCAUGUUGUCAACACAUCUGAAUGUGCUUCUUUUUGUUCUUUUCAGUACCUUAAAGCUUACAAGGUGAUAAGUAAGACCUGAUCAGUAAGCUGUGAGCACAGUGGUUAUUCAACUGCACCAGACAAGCAGUGAGCUUAACAAACGACCUACGGUGGGACUUAGUGAAGAUAAGACACUUUAUUUAUAAGCACUAGAUAUAAACGGAGGGUGCUGAUAAACUCCUAUAGCUUUGUGUAUUGGGCUUAAAUGGCAUUAUUCAGUCUCAUUUGGCGUCAACACAGCAUCAGAUGUAGCCAUGGGCAUGCAACAACGAGCGGCGCAUUUCAGGUUUGUCAUCGGCUUUUUGCCUGUUAUCUAUGUAAAGCUAUUUAUUGCCAUAUGAAUGACUUAAAGAACAACACUGUUAAAUACAAGAAGAAAUAGCCAAGCAAUAUUAACUUUUUUCUUUAAAGAAAAAAUGUAAGCACUUUCCAUGCAAUUUAUGACUAUUAAGUACAUUUCAUUUGUCGAUGAGUUUUACGCGGAAAAACAAUCCUUUUUGUUCUGUGACCUAUUUUGUUAAUUCGUAAUAAGUUUCACGAGAUAUAAUCCAUGAUUGCAGACGAUUUCUUUGUCGGCCUGCUUUUCUACUAACGGAAAUUACAUAAGGUGUUAAGGUAAUUCAACUAAAGCCUUAAAAACAUGUCAAGAAAGCAUAAUCCACCUGACUGAGAAUAGCGCAGCCUGAGUGGAAUGACCAUGAACUUGUCUUUCGCCCGCAAAAUGCAAGGAACAGGAAAUAUCAGAAAAGUUGAUUAAAGUCCAGUUUGAUUUUUUUUUCAACUAGGUUUUUUACUCAAAAGCAAGCAAACAAACUUCCUUACAAGCAAGCAAAACAACAAUAUGUUUCUUCAAAGCGAUAGUGUUGAAACUCUACACAGUGUUGUCAAUGAUGCAUUUCCAAAACAAUCCUUGCUCUUCAAACGCAAUUUGCAAAGGACCAAAGAAUCCACGCCUAGUGACUCUCGCAAAGUUAUAUCUUGUGCUUUGUUGGCUUCUCCAAAACGAUAAGGUCAUAGGGGUGAUAACAAGGCAUGAUAAACGAAUUCUAGUGUCAAAUUGUCUAGUCCGGCAUCUUGAAAUAUUGUAAGAAUCUCAGUUGUCAUCCUUUGGGUUAAGGCCGUCCGUGCAAAUACAGCCUAUCUAUCUAGGACUACCUUUAAAAAAGGCGUUACUACCACCCAGAAAUCACUGUUCGCUCUUACACUCUCGCGAUAAGUGGGAAACCGCGUUUCAUUUCACAAGCUUUACAGCCUAGAAUUUUGAUUGGCUUAGAGAGAGGAAUUAGCCAUGAUCCAAUCAACGGUUUUAUCGGAGAUUGUUAUAUAACUUGUUUAGAGACUUCAGUUAGUAAGAUGAAUGGUGUCGAAAUCAGCAUAUAGACUUAUUAUAAAUAGUAUUAUCAUGGCAGAGUUCACAACGCAGCAAAAUCUCUCUUCGAAAGCAACUGCCUUCUCGAUUGAGUCAUUGAUGGCUUCGGAUGAAAGCGGUACAGUUAGUUAUAAAUUAGGAGAUGAAGUCCAUUCACUUUCUUACUUCUUUUACUGGCAAGCUUUUAGAGCAUAAGCCCAAAUUGUACACUACAGCAAGAAAGAUGCGUUAAAAGGUCUGUUAGAGUCCAACACCAUAUCGGGACGACUCUAAAUGAGAUACUCGAUUUAAUGCAUGUGAAUUGUCUCUUCGAAUGAACUGGUCAUUUUCAAAAUGGCGGUUGUAUUUGCACUGGGUCAGUCACGUUUUUCACAUUGGCGGUUCCGUUCAAACAUUCUUCAGUUAGGCUUUGGCGAAAAAACACAUUCACCAAGUGUUUUUGUAAUGUAACUAAUACAGACUUCUCGUACUAAUUGGACUGUUUUGAUGAAAUUAACUUUUAAAACCUACAAUGUUAUUUUUAGCAGCAAGCAAGCUAAAGAGGAAGGCGCCUUACACUGGUGAGAAUGCCACUGUGGUUUCUGAAAAUGGAAAGCGACAUAAACUUUGUGCAGAAAGCAGUACAGAUGACAAGUGUAUGGAGUCGCCAGUUUCUUCAUCAGAAGUCGUUGAGGACUUAUCAAGUGUAACAGCAACUCUAGAGAGUCGAGAUCUUUGGGAUCGCUUCAAUGAACUGGGCACAGAGAUGAUCAUAACAAAGUCUGGCAGGUGAGGUUUAUGUCAUCACCUACUGUAGAAAUGUUUAAAGUCUAAAGGUUUUUGUAUGAAAUCCAGUCACAUCUUUUAUUGACUAAUGCAAGAGGCUUCAAGCAAACGACUUUCAAGGAGGACAUCACUAGGACAGCUGGCUGCUACGAACGUCUAAAGCAGGGUGGAAAUGUUUACAUUCUCUUGAGGCCCAAUCGACAAACCUUUGCGAUGGACAGGCAUCGCAAAGAUCGUUUUCAUUCUUCCAAAUAUGUGGAAAAAGUAAACAGUUCAAGCCUAACUUCACAAUCGGCCAUAUGAAACAUAAUGUAUUGUUAAUGGGUCCGUUGUUUUAAGUGUCGUCCACCGCAGCUACUUAGACACUUUACACCAUGUUAUAUUUAUUGGCUUAUUGACAGCUAUAAGGGAAAGUUCUGAAAGCCGACUCACGAAAAAUAUAGCCGGUAGCAGUAGGAUCUUCCUUGCCUUAAAAUGCUAUUGUAAGAUUGUGGAAGUAGUUCUUAUAACUUCGUCUGCAUAUAUUUUUUGGAAGGGGCAGCUAGUGUCUUGAUUUGACAUUGCAAACAACUCUAUUGUUUACUCCAUAUUUCGAAAUAGGAGACUCUUAUUCGAGAAACAAAUGGAAAAUGUAAGGGUGGGCUGACAUUCCCUGUUCUGCAUUCAUAUAAUUAUUAUAUGUUUGCUUUUUCAUGACUGUCUUAUUCUUUACCUUCGACCUCGACUUAGUAGAUAUUUAAUGCUUAAGUAUGUGUUUUCUGCACAGUACAUUUUCAGUCUCCUUCGAUUUCCACUCCAUUUUUCAAGAUCGCCAUUGCUGAUGAGUGCUUGACAUGAAUAUGGAGUUUUAAGGCAUAACCAAACCAAGGGAGAAUAUCUUAUAGUUAUUCCAUUAUUGAUUAGCACAAUGAUAUUUUUUUUAAUCCAGUUGCCGCGCGUUUUAUGUUCAGGUUACUUGUCUUUUGGGGACUGACAUACUUCUCGCCGUCAUUGGUUUCGACAAACGACAAGGGAUUGGAACUCCCACUACUAUCCUUAAAACGAAAGAAUACAAUACUAAAGGCUGAAAGUUCAAACAAUUACAACAAGAAGAAUCUAACGGUGGGGGACGACUGAAUAAUGUUGAUAAAAUGAACAUGGCCAUGUUAUAUUUGGUGGAUGGAUAACAUCUUUCUAAAUUGCGGCCAUGCACUGCCUUUCAGAAGAAUUGGUUAAGAAGCAUGCUACCUUGAAUUAAUUUCACCGCAUUUCGUUAGGUUAUUAUAAAUAGUCUCCACUUUGCAAAUAUAGUGAAUCGAAAAGGAUUUAUUAGUCAUAACUACCCGCUGGAAAUCAUCAGGUAAAAAAAAAAUCGUCAAAUGGAACAGCUUUUUGUUGGUACAAGAAGUAUUAUUAAAUAACAUACCAGCUUGUUUCGAAGCUAUAUCCUUACAGAGCCUUGACCUUUUCUGAGGGAAAGCUAGCACUCUUCAAAAUCCACCUUUUUUCAAACAAUUCAAUUAAAAGACUUAAGAGCAGUUGCAAUUCUCUCUUAUUGCAAGACAUCUCUUAGGGAAAACACGUGCACCCUUAUCAAGUUCUUAUUCUGAACAUUAGUUUUCCCCCAAAAUGCACAUGAAAGAAAAGUGUAGUGUCUAUUUUGCUGUUGUUUAUGAAUGCACACCCCAAUUUGCUGCUCCAUUAGAACAGAAAUACAUUGAUCAAAAGUUGGUGUUAAAGACAGAAAGAAACAAAUGGAACUGUUUUCUAGGAUUUUUGCUGUCUCUGUUUGCAACGUUUUUAACCCACUGCAUGACCAUAAGAGUGUAAGAACAUAUUCUAAAAAUUCUCUUCAGUAAUUCGUUUUUUUUUUUUGCACAUUUGAUAUGAUAAACAUGUAAAUUGGUUAACCUUAUGGACAUCUGAAACAAGUUCAACUCGAGAAAAAGAAAUACCUAACAACAGAAAGCAAUAUUGUCUGAGCUUGCAACCUUGCUCAACUCUGUUCUUCAAUAGCCGGAAUCUCAAUCGUAAAUUUUUACUCUAGCAGAAGGUAUGGAUAAUAAUACCUUAAUCAAAAUUAGGAUAAUUAAUUAAUUUGUUUAUUUUAACCGUCUUUCUCUCAAAGGAGGAUGUUCCCGACCCUAAAGGUGUCAUUGCAUGGCGUCGAUCCUAAAGCCAAUUACAUGAUCCUAAUGGAUACUGUGCCUGUUGAUGAUAAACGCUACAGAUACGCCUAUCAUCGUUCGACUUGGCUUGUAGCGGGCAAGGCCGAUCCUCCAGCCCCUGUAAGACUUUAUAUGCAUCCAGAAUCACCUUUUUCCGGAGAACAGUUAUUAAAGCAAAUUAUUUCGUUUGAGAAAGUCAAACUGACCAACAACGUGCUGGAUCAGAGUGGGCAUGUAAGUGGACUUGAAAGUGGUGCAUCUAUUAAAGGAGCUGACUCACGAGAUUGAUCAAAAUUCAAACAGUAGGAACUGUCAGGAAAUUGAGUGAAACAGGAAAAUAACUGCUCAAAAUGUUACAAAAAGGUAUAAAUAACAAGGGGAAUACAAAAGAAGGCACAUGGACGGACAAAACUGAGCAAAAUCAAAAUAGAUUGCAAUUGUGGAGUUUGUAAACUUGUUAACCUAACAGUUCUUCAAAUUUGAUUUUUGUUGUUUUUCACAUUUGAUAUUUAUUGGACAAGAAUCUGUGUUUUUGUAAUUUACCAUUAAUUUCUUUGCUAACGAUGAUUUCCGUAGCCCAUAAGGACACGUAAUUGGCAUUGUUGACAAAUUAACUGACUUAGACAGCCUCGACACAGCCCCUUUUAUGCAAGAGCUUUAGAAUGAAAAUUACCUUUGAGUUUAUUAUAUUUUCGAGCAAUUCGUGCUUUCUUUGUACGAAAACGUACAGUCGCUGCCCCCCAGAUUAAGAUGUGGGUUCUUCUAUCUUUCCCUCGUUUCCCACGCAGAUAACAGUCGGCGCAUUGAAAGCGGAUGAGAUCCGUUGCGGAUACUUUGAUACCUUCUAGUCUGGCUAGGAUAUAUUUUGACUCAAAAGCCAAUCAGUACUGUUCCUUUGCCGAGUUGACUGUCGAACCCCUAUCUUUUGGGCAAACAACGAAGUUGCAUUACCCUGAAAGGAAACUGAUCUUUUUGUUUUUAAUUUGUUUGGAACUGGCCUCAAAUUAACCGUUUUCAAGAAGUGUCCACACACAUCUUCAUUAUUCGUUUACUUUGUUGAAGUUGUUUGUUCUCUAAGACAUCCAUUUCAAACACAAUUUCUCAUUCUCAAUUUGAAAAAAAAUGGCUUCUAAUGUUCUCUUUCUUGUAAACUUUAAAGGUCAACCGUAAUGAAACAAUUUCACUUUAGCCCUGAAAUGAAAAAUCAGAACUGUUACGACUGGCAUGCCAUAUCCCACUGUAAGCGGUAUUACUCUAUCGCCCUUCAACUGCCUCCAGAAUUUAUCACAUGUAUCUCGUUGUUUUCUGUAAACUAAUUUAAUAUGUUUUUGAUAUUUUUUUCAUUAGGUUGUCCUAAACUCGAUGCACAAGUAUCAACCCAGAGUACACAUCGUGAGAAAACGAGAUCACACGGCAGGAGUGAUAGACCUAAAUUCGAAUGGAGCCAAAACUUUUGAGUUUCCUGAGACAAGUUUCAUUGCUGUGACAGCGUACCAGAAUCAACUGGUAAGAACUGAAACAUCAAAAUGAUCACGAAUCUCCAGCUGCGACGUUAUUGUGAAUAAACAAGUAAGGUUUACUGGAGCUCAGAUUAAACAGAGAAUCAUACCUUGGUGGGGGUAUAUUUUAAAAUUAGCAAGAUAAUCAAAAAUGGACUAUUAAUUAGCAGUCUUUGGUGAUUUUAAAACUUAAAUCGAGAACCAUCGCAAUUGCGACUACAAAAUUAUGUGACAAAAAGAAUGUGAUGAUUUGUUUUCUUAUUAGCAAUUUUGUAGCAUAGGCAAAAAACGUGACUUACUUCAGAGACAUAUUCCACUGAAAAUGUAUCGUUCGAAAUUUUAUUUAUUUCUUUCCUCACAACUCGGGCAUCUGAACUUGUUACCUGCAAAUCAAUAAAGAUUCAACUAACAUUUUUUUUUCUUUUCGUGAUGAAUUGCAUGCAGUGGGAAAUAAUGACUGUCAACGUGCACCGCGCGCCAAGAGUAACUGUUUCUGACCCACUUAGAACCUCAAAUAUCCACAUCCGCCAUAUUUCUAUUCGCAGGUAAAAGCCAAAUAAUUAUAAACAGUAAUAAAUCGAAUAACGCUACUUUUCGUCUAAAAGUCGACCUUUUUACACAAAACUCAGAUUGCCAGACAAUUCGCCAAUUUUUUUGGUAGUCUGCAGAUCAGAUGUUACAUGAAGAAGAAAGGAAGUCGGACUAAUUGAUACGCAUAGGAUGCGUUAAGUCACGAAAACUGAAGGAAAGAUUCAAAUAAACUAAAAAGAAGAUUUUAAGGCAGUUUUAGUAGAAUACUUCCACAAUUAUGCAAUUAGGAUGAAAAUGAAUCUUCUGUGGUACCAGACGGAACAAAUGACUUCAAUAUUUGGAUUAAUAAUUCUUCAACUGGAACUCUUCAUAACUUUUAAAGUUAAUCCUCAGCUGUUUUGUACUGUAAUUAACCUAUGCCGUUCUUAAACUGCAUAAAAUGGAUUUAUCGUUUAGUUUUGCAUGAAAACAUACCUUCUUUAAAUGCAGAAACUACAUUAUUUCACAAGGAAAUCUUCGGUUGUUUGAAGUGUUCUUACUGCUGGAGAAUUUCAGUUCUACAAAAACAACUUCGCGUUCAGGAAGAAUUAUAUACUUAUUUGCAAAGUCUCAACAUUGUGCCAAUACAAACAGAUCGUUAAAAAGUCAUUCAAAAAAGGUCAGUUUCGUGUCAUUUAGUGCUUAGACACACUUGCAGUAUUAAGUUAAAGCUAGUUAACGCAUAAGUCAAUCUUUUGUCACAAAGAUCAAGAUGGUAUGCUGAGGCUAACAUCUGUUUGUUUCGUCAUUACAGAUAACUCGCCUGAAAAUCGACAGCAAUCCCUUUGCGAAGGGAUUCAGGGAAUCCAUCAGAAUCUUACCAAUGCAAAGGUACGCACGACCCAAGUCGUUUGAAGACGCUCUCCUCCUUUGAGAUGAAAAAGAGAGAAGCAAAUCUUCGCUAGUUGUACAUAUCCCCCCCCCCCCCCCCCCCCCCCCGGCCCUCUUCUCAACUCUUUUUUUUUUUGGCCCCCCUUUUUUUUCUUAUGGGGUGGGUUUUUUGUCCAACUCUCUAUUUUUUUUUCUCCUCCCAAACAACAAACAUUUAAAAAACAAACAACUAACACCUCCCUUGCGAAGGGGUUCAGGGAAACCCAACAAAACUUUCCAAAGAAAAGGGACGCCCGCCCCAAGUGGGUUGAAGAACCUCCCCCCCUUUGAGAUGAAAAAAAGAGAAGCAAACUUUCGCUAGUUUUACAUACCCCCCCCCCCCCCCCUCCCGGUUGACUGUUCUAAACCUCUUAUUUCAUUGGUCCCACUGUUUUCAUGGAUAGGGGCAUUGUUAUGUCAAAAUCCCUUAAUUGCUUUCCCAGCCAAUCACAAGCAAUGUUUCAAAUAGAUGCAGAUCUCCCCUACAUAUCAAACCAAUUUUUGUUUUUUUUGAGCAGUGUUUUUCGUGGGACCAAAUGUACAUUCCACCGCUGCAUGGCUCGCUGAAGAAACAGAACGAUUUUCCCUUCGCUUGUUGCUGAUCUUUUCAUUCCUUAUGUAGUAUUUUACAUAGUUAUAUAUUACCACUCUGUAUCUUUUCGUUUCUGAAAUAAGACGUGAUAUUUAUCAACUAAACUAAAAGGUUCAACUCAUACCUCUCCUAAUUUAUACAGGUUCUAAAAUACUCCCUUUGUUUCAAGCUGCAAUUUACUAACCUUGUUUUGAGUGUAAAAAUUAGAGCAUUCGCCACUUGGAAAUCUCCCAUAAUACACGUACUUUCCCCCCUAAACUUUUGCAUAAGCAUUGUCUUCAGUUUCCUGGGAAGGAGGGCUGAAAUACCCAGGAAAAAUACAUAUAUAAAAAAAAAGGUUAGGAAAAAUGUUAGGUUAAACAGGAUGUAUUAUGGGAUAUGUGCAAAUGGCGAAUAUCAACAUAAGUGUGAGAUUCGUUCAGCAGCAUUCUUUUUCAUUUAUUUCAGGUAAGUAGACAAAACGCAUGACUAUCAUCACCGUAUUUGAACAGAUGUUCAAAUAGUCAAACCAUGACACCCUAGUUUUGAUAACCGACCGACUGCAAGGCGUCCUAAGACUUGUGACAAUGGAUUGAUAAAACAAUCCGUGCAGUCAAGUAUCUACUACACAGAGCCAACGCAAAAAUUUUUGGCAUGCGCAAAACUUAGAGUACGUGUUCUAAAGAACUAAUAACACCUAGGGAAAGAGGUACUGUUUCUAAAGGCUCACAGUGGCACCGAGGUAAAACAACGCGUCUGAGGUUAAAAUGAGUGCAGCCUCCAAGGUUUCAUCUUAAGCUGCUAAUAAUGCGAAAAUUCGGAAUUUUCAAUUGCACGAUUGCUCCCCACAUGCUGAAACCAUUUUUCAUCAUUAGCUAGAAACAUUGUUGAUCAGUUUUACCAAAUUUUAUUUUUCCCUUUUUCUUUCUUUCUUUAUCUUUAUUUUUAUUAUUUUCUUUUUUUUUCCUAGAGAGUGUGCACACUGGGUUGCGUACUACCAAGGUCAUGUCCCUGUCUCCGUCUCAACACCUCAUCUUCCAAGCCAUUUUUUAUCAUCUGCAGCUUUGCAAGGUCAUAAAGUGGAACAGAAAGGCAUAUAUUGUGCAGGGUGCGUGGAGAGUCUUAGUAAAGGUGGGCCUAAAUUUGAUUGUUUUUUUGUUUUUUAACUGGUCUAAAAAGCGUUCUCGACGGUUGAAAAAAAAAGCCAUUUCAUUUGUUUAAACGCUAACCUAACAUUUAUAUUGUCAAAUUGUUAAGUUGUUGCUCUUUUCUGGAUGAUCAUACUUUUAAGUCAGCACCAAAAUUUGUGUAUUUUGAAAACAAUACUUUGUCGUUUUACGCCAACUAUUGUGACCCUCAUAAGAUUACGAUGAACCAUCCACCUACCACUCGGUAACCUGACAUUCAACCUGGUUUAAACUGCGUGGGGUUUUUAAAUUAUUUUAUUUAGGCAUUAAGUGGAAAACACGGAGAAGGGUGUUUAAAACAGUAAGAUCAUUUCACUUCCUUUGGUUUAAAAGUAAUUAGCUUCUUUUCGUAGCAGGCAGUUCACGCUCCUGUAAAGUUAUGUUAACAAAUGGCGCCCAAAUUAUCACCAGUUUCAGUUUUCAAACACUUCGGAUUUUUUAGUAAGUUCUCAAAAGGUUUAGUGAACUGACAGUGUGUCGGUAAUACAUAAAACGUAUAAUAGUGAAGGUAACAACCUUAGCACUUUGCUUAACUUUACAAAUUUCUCUCCCUUCUAGAACGUACUUCCUUAUUUUGAAUUGGCCUGUUCUUCAAGCCUUGUAUUUGUGUUUUCCUACUCCUUCACAUUAAAUUAAAACAAUCGAUUAACAAUAACCUCUCACAAACAUUUCAUUUUGAAAGAAGCCAGUUGUUUGAAAGUUAUGUUUGGCCAAAAACUCAAUCAAUAGAUCACGCUGAAGGAUGAUUGAAAGGCAAAGAUCGAAAGUCAACAAAAAUAUACUGAUCCAAAGUACGUGUCACGGUAUUGCAGAAACAGACCAACAAUCGAACCGAAUCAGAUCAUUGGGUGGUGCUUUUACUUAUCUACCACUUUUACCCUCUAGAAAGAAUUUUUUAAGGAACUACUACUACUGUACUACUACUACCACAACCACCACCACCACCAACACCAACACCGCCAUCAGCACCAACACAAACAACAACACCAAUACCACCAACACUAACACCUUCAAUAACACCAGCACCAACACCAACACCACCACUAAUACCAAUACCACCACCACCACUAAUACAUCCAAGAACACCACCAACACCACCACCAUUAACACCACCACAACCAACACCACCACAACCAACACCACCGCCAACACCAGUACCACCACCACCAACAACACAACCACCAACACUAACACUUUCAACAACGCCAACACCACCACCACUAACAAUACCAACACCAACAGCAACACCAAACACCACCAACACAACCAAGAACACCACCGAAACCAACACAAACACAACCCAGAACACCACCAACUCCACCACAACCAACACCACCAACCCCAACAAAACCAACACCACCGCUAAUACCACCACCUCCAACACAACCAACACCACCAUUACUACCUACACCACCAUUACCUCAACAAGAACAACAAUAACACCACCACCACCACCACCAACUAAUGUGUUAUUACCACAAUCGAAGCUACUUACACUGUAACCCUCUCAGUAUUGAUUGAUCCCAAGAAAGCUAAUUCCCCUCCCCCCUCCCCGUCGUCCUUCGUAUCUUCAACAAUAAAUGGAAGAUGUAUAUAUAUUGAAUCUGAGUCUCGUGAAUUAUCAUCGGCGUUUUUUCUCCUUGUAAAACUUGCAUGUACUCAUUACUUAUUUCUGCUUUCUGGUAAUUGUUUGUAUCUAGGACACCUAAUAGCUGUCCACCACAAAGCUUUCCUACAACCUGAGCUACACGUACCCGACGUUCACCUGCAGCUGACAGCGGGGACUAUUAAGACAGAGUCACCACUAGGCCAUCUCUGUCCUUGCGUUUCUCCCUGCUGCAACAACAUCAAAUAGAGUGGCAUAACAAAGUUACUGCAAAUAACUUUGCAUAAAACUUCGGGAUCGACGCCUUGCAACAAACACACUGUUUGACCUCCAAUGCCAAAUAAUAGAA